AAUUUCAGUGAAUUGCGGCAAUUUUCUUCAAAUGCGGGCUCUCUUCAUUGUAUUUGCCUUCCUUACUACUGUGUACUGUCUUUGUAAUGUCGGUGGUAAAGAUCGCAGCGAUAAUGAAAAAUGGGUCGAAGGCAGCUUUCUGAUGCAAUGCCUGAAGGUGGGGAACUGGGGUGGUUGGAGAACUACAAUUUUGGGUUGUAUAGUAGAUAACAAGCAGAUCGCCGUUGGUAGCAGUGCAAAAAUUGGAAGAAUAACGUACAUUUGCGAAGAUGCAGGAAACGGAAGUGUUCGGAUGCGUUACUACUGGGAGUGAUAGAACAGCAAUUUCGCAUCAUUUCUCCUAUCUUCAGUUUAUAAAGAGGAAAUAAUGUUCUACGAUUGGUGGACCGCACCUAGCUCCACCCAG